AUGUCGAUACAAAUAUUAUUUCUUCUUUGCUUGUGUUUUAUCGCAGGAAGAACAAAUGCUCUUAGUUGUAAAGACGAAAACAAUCGUGAUGUAGAUUGGUUUGUUGCAUACAAAAUACCUAUCCAAAGUGGUCAUGGAGAUAUAAUUAAGGCUGGUCUUGGACAUAUUUAUUUAACAUCUAAUAAUUCAUCUUCAUGGAUACUUUCUAAACAUUCAAUUGGAGAUAAUAGUUCCCUCAUUGGAAACACUCUUCACGACUUUUAUCACAAUAGAACCAAAUUAAGUUAUAUUUUGUACAACGACGAACCCCCAAAUCAUUCAGUCUCUUCAACGAAAGGUCAUACGAAGGGAGUAGUUAUUUCAAAUUCAGCAGGAGGUUACUGGUUAAUACAUUCCGUUCCUAAAUUUCCAGAAGUGGGUAAUAGCUACUCGUAUCCCAGCACAGGCGUCAAAUAUGGCCAAACGUUUCUUUGUAUUACAAUGAAUAUAACAAACAUAAAUGCAGUAGGUCUUCAACUACAGUACAACCAACCUGACAUCUACCUGCAACAAAUACUCUCAGAUAUUGAAACUCGUGUACCAGAACUAGCACGUGCCGCUCAAAACAUCACUGUCAAAACUGCUCCAUUUUAUCAUAUUGCCCAACUCUAUUCAAAGAAAAAAGUAGCCUUUACUUCAUUUGCCAAACACAAAAAAUUCAACCAGGAACUGUACGAAGAUCUGGUAGCUCCAUACUUAGAAAACGAUUUAGUAGUUGAAACAUGGCCAAAUGGUGCUGGUAGAUUACAUUCCAAUUGUAGUCGUGAAUAUAAGGUAAAUAAUAUUCAGAAGAUCAAUAUGUCUGUCGCUAAUGUAUCAUUUAAUACGACUAGCGACCAUUCCAAAUGGGCUGUAAGUUCAAAUUCUAGCAGUUCCUGGAGUUGUGUCGGAGAUAUAAAUCGUGCGCAACAUCAGAUGGUUAGAGGUGGUGGAACUGUGUGCUUACAAAAUCAAAAAUUAUCUGCAAAUUUCCACACUUUAAUUAGUGCAGUAGAGGAGUGUUCAAAAAAUGAGUUCGUUGAUAUUCCGACUGUAAUAAAUGUAUAA